UGAUGACGAUCUCUUCGCAGCUAAACGCUACCAGUUGUCUAGCCAGAUAUCACGACACGAUUUCUACUCAUUUCCGCCCCCUCGAUGUAUGCAUUCUGAGCUGAUUCCUUUUCAAUCGAAACCUGCGCUUUCUGUUGUCUCGUCGCGCAUUACGUUCGGUCACCGUGGGCAUCAUGUCGUUCCGCCAAGGCAUAACGAACCUCAGCAGACAUGCUACACCGUCCGAAAUCUCCAAAUAUGCCCUGAAAGCUUCUUCUGCAUCUGCAGUAUCGUCUACACGGCCAGGCGACUAUGUUUCAAGAAAUGCAUCCACUGUACCGCCUGUGACGCAGAACUCAGUUGGUUCGAAAGGUCCAACCGCGAUGGUUUUGAUGAACAUGGGCGGUCCUUCCACCACGGACGAAGUUGGCGACUUUCUUUCAAGGCUGUUUCAAGAUGGCGACUUGAUUCCACUGGGCAGGUUACAGAAUUAUCUUGGUAAAUUCAUCUCAGCUCGGCGUACACCUAAGAUAAAGAAACAGUACGCCGAAAUCGGGGGAGGGUCACCAAUCCGCAAAUGGUCGGAACACCAAGGUGCAGAAAUGUGCAAGAUUCUGGACAAGAUCUCACCUGAUACGGCACCUCACAAACCCUACGUUGCUUUCAGGUAUGCGUCGCCUUUAACAGAGGACAUGUAUGAGCGAUUGUUCCAAGACGGUUUCGGAAAAGGAAGAGGAGGCAGAGCUGUCGCGUUCACACAAUACCCACAAUACUCUUGUUCCACCACCGGCAGCUCGCUGAACGAAUUAUGGAAGUGGAGGAAUCGCUUAGAGGGCAAGCGUGCAAGCGGAGAGGUUGAUCCAGAAGGCGCAAUCAAAUGGAGUGUAAUUGACAGGUGGCCGGCGCACUCAGGUCUUAUCGAGGCAUUUGCAACGAAUAUUGAAAAUACGCUUUCGACAUACCCUGUAGAGAAGCGAGACAAGGUUGUCCUGCUGUUCUCCGCACACAGUCUACCAAUGUCUGUCGUGAAUAGAGGAGAUCCGUAUCCCUCUGAAGUGGCUGCUACGGUCUACGCAGUGAUGCAACGCCUUGGAUUCAGCAACCCGUACCGACUCGUGUGGCAGUCUCAAGUUGGACCGCAGCCAUGGCUGGGUGCCCAAACGCAGUUCACUGUGGAAGAGUACAUCAAGAAGGGACAAACAGACCUUACUCUCAUUCCGAUCGCAUUCACAAGCGAUCACAUCGAAACACUUUACGAAUUGGACAAGGAGAUCAUUGGCGAAGCGAAUGAACCAGGCCUCAAGCGAGUGGAGAGCAUGAAUGGAAACCCAAUUUUCAUCCAGGCACUUGCGGACAUCGCCAAAGCACAUCUGGAGAGUCACACGAGCUGCAGUGCUCAGAUGCUUCUCCGAUGCCCAGGCUGUACGAGCGAAAGGUGCCUGGGAUCCAAACAGUUCUUUGCAGCACAGCAAGAGCGGUUGUGAUAUCCAAUUAGAAAUAUAGAUAUUGUAUUAUAGCUUUACAUAAUUUCCCUACACGUAAUACCACAAAGUGCGGAUAUCUUCGAAUCGAACAACGGUAGGCCUACGACUGGUAGGCUAGAUAAGUAGCAUGGAUGUAAAUGUAAUAAUAACUUUUUUC